GGUAAGAUCGAUACCGGCGUCCGGUGGAUGGCGGUCCGCGCUUGUGGGACCGCUGUGGCGGCCGUGGUGGCGCUGCUCUCGGCCGCGAUCGCGCUCCACUGGCCGCCGCUACACGCAGGGGCUUCUUUGAGAGAUGGACUAAGUCAAGUGACUUACGGGAUUCGGAGCUCCAGUUAGACCCUUAUUUUUGAAGUUUCACUGUGUAACCUUGGCUAGCCUGGAAUUCCCUUUGAAGAGCAGCCAGACACAUCUAAGACCCUGUCCCAACAGGUGGAGCAGGAGUUUUACAAAGAGCAUUCUCCCUCCAUACAGCACACUCGACAAAGGACAUGGAGAGUUUUUUUCAGUUGGUGAGAAACAUUGUGCCUGCUCUAACCUCGAAGAAACACAAAGGGCAGGACGGAAGAAUAGGCAUAGUCGGGGGCUGUCAAGAGUACACAGGAGCACCAUAUUUUGCAGGAAUCUCGGCUCUGAAAGUGGGUGCAGAUUUGACCCACGUGUUCUGUGCCAGGGAGGCUGCGCCAGUGAUCAAGUCCUACAGCCCAGAGCUGAUCGUCCACCCCGUCCUUGACAGUUCUAAUGCUGUUGAGGAGGUGGAGAAAUGGCUCCCCAGGCUGCAUGCCCUUGUCGUGGGCCCUGGCCUAGGUAGGGACGACCUUCUUCUCAACAAUGUCAGGGGCAUUUUGGAAGCAAGCAAGGCCAGGGACAUCCCUGUGGUCAUCGACGCGGAUGGCCUGUGGCUGAUAGCUCAGCAGCCGGCCCUCAUCCACAGUUACCAGAAGGCCAUUCUCACCCCCAACCGAGUGGAGUUCGGCAGGCUUUGGGAAGCUGUGCUCAAUAGUCCUGUGGACACCCAGGGCCACAGUGAAUCCGUACUGAAGCUCAGCCAGGCCCUGGGGAACAUCACAGUGGUCCAGAAAGGAGAGCAUGACCUGAUCUCCGAUGGUCAGCAGGUGCUUGUGUGCAGCCAAGAAGGCAGCAGCCGCAGGUGUGGGGGUCAAGGAGACCUCCUCUCAGGCUCCCUGGGUGUCAUGGCGCACUGGGCCCUCCUUGCUGGACCGGAGAGAACAAAUGGCUUCAGCCCACUACUGGUGGCUGCCUGGGGUGCUUGCACCCUCACAAGGGAGUGUAAUCAUCAGGCUUUCCAGAAGUACGGGCGCGCCACAACCACCACCGACAUGAUCGCUGAGGUCGGACCUGCCUUCAGCAAGCUCUUCACGACCUAAGCCAGUGCCGACUGAAGGGUGCCACAGACUGUCCUCUGCGUACCGAGCCUAAACUAGCUGACAGAGAAUUUAGGACACAGCCGUCCAUCCUGACUAAAUAGAGUUGAGGUGUUAUGACACUACUGUGCUCUUGUGCGGUUUUCUUGGCUUCUUGGCAGCAACAAGGAGAAAGUGAGAAUAAAGAUCUCCUAGCAGCCCACCUGCAUGGGGCUCGUUCCAA